GACCGACAGCGGAAGUGUGUGUCGAAGAGGGUAACCCGUUCGUUAGCUUUGUCCGCGUGCGUCAUGGCCGGGCAUGCGCGGGUGGUCUUCUUGUUCGGUGGCUUCGCAGCUCUACUGGGAGCUGCCUUUUACCCCAUCUACUUUCGGCCGCUGAUUUACACUGAGCAAUACAGGCAAGAACAAAAGGUGAACCGAACUGGAAUAAAGCAGGAGGACAUUCAACCUGGAGGAAUGAAAGUCUGGUCUGAUCCCUUCAAUAGGAAGUAACCUCAUGAUUGACCCGUUUUAAGGAAGAACCCUUCAGAGAUUGACUAUUUUAUUCAAUUAUGUCACCGUGAUGUGGAGAAAGAAUUCUAAUACGCUCUGGUUCGUCACUUCAUUUAAUUUAUUAACGAUAACAUUUACACUGUUUGAAAUACGUUUUUGCAUUUAAAUUCCCAAAUUGUCAACAUUUUCCGGUAUAAUGUUGCCACAAUUAAAAUGGAUAUUUUUCUCAAA